AUGUCCCUAACAUUCUACGACAUCGCCCUGGCCCCCCCAGCAGAAGAAUCCUCCUGCUCCCCAAACCCCUGGAAAACCCGCUACGCGCUCAACUUCAAAAAAGUCCCGUACAAAACCACCUGGGUGCCGCUCCCCGACAUCCCCGCCGUCCGCGCGCCCCUCAACAUCCCCGCAUCCCGCACCUUCGCCGACGGCACGCCCUACCACACCCUCCCCGUAGUAUCCGACCCAACAACCAGCACCACAGUCGGCGACUCCUUCGAAAUCGCCGUCUACCUCAACAAGCAAUACCCCACCUCCGGCCACGGCGACCUCUUCCCACCGCAAGACCUCGAUUUCGACUUCACCCCGGACCCCAACCUCUUCGCCCCGAUAGCCGUAGCAGACGUCCCCAGCGAAGGCCCCAUCCCCGCCUACGUGCGCUUCAACACGAACGUCGAUGGCGUCUUCACCGCGCACACGCAGCUGAUCGCCGGCUACUUGCCUCUGGACCCGGCGCGCGCCGACGAGACGAAGAAGACCUUCGAGGAGAGGAUCGGCCUGCCGUGGGACUCGCUGAUGGCGCGGGGCGAGAAGAGGACCGAGUUGCUGGCGUCGUUGGAGGGCACCUUGAAGACGCUGGCGGAGAUGUAUCGCAGGGAUGAGACGGGGCCGUUCUUGUUGGGCGCUAGGCCUACUUAUGCGGAUUUUAUUGUGGGUGGUUGGUUGCGUUUGUUUUAUGGUGCUUUGCCCGCGAAGGAGUGGGAUGUUGUUAGAAUGUGGUAUGGGGGGUUGUUUGGGACUUUGCAUGAGGCUUUGGGGGCGUUUGCGCAGAUGAAUUAA